CAAAAACCAAGUGCAAUAUUUUAUUCGAGUGACUUAGAUUACUGGUUAACUGGCACUCAAUGGCUGCCAAGAGUAUCGAGAAGGAGAAGGGCGAGGGUCAGGAGCCCGCGACAUCAGCGGAGAAACCCGAUCCAGCCGCACCCACUGAACCAGCUGAGGAAAAUUCCAAAGAACCGGCGCCGGAAGACGCAUCGCCGGAUAAAAAGGAUGGUGGACGCAAAAGGAAGAGGCAUUUGUUCAAUUCGAUUCGCGGUCAAAUGGAAUUCUACUUCGGUGACGCCAACUUGAGCAAGGAUCGCUUCCUUCGGCGCUACGUAGAGCAGGAUCCAUAUGUACCAUUGGAAAUCUUUCUCACUUUCAAUAAGAUAAAGACGCUCACCCAGGAUGUGCAGCAGAUAGCCAAGGCACUAAGCAACUCCCAGCUUCUGGAGCUGGAUGAGACCGAACUAAAGGUCAAGCGACGUACCAAGCUACCAGAUCAGCGCGAUGUCAACGACAAAACCUUGUAUGUAGAGGCCCUGCCUGCAAAUGCCACUCACGAUUGGCUGAAGGAGGUAUUCAGCCGCUACGGACCGGUGGCCUACGUGUCCCUGCCCCACUAUCCGGGCACUAAGAAGAUCAAGGAAUUUGCCUUUAUCGAGUUCGAAAAGAGCGGGUCCUUGGAGAAAGCUGUGAAGGCUUUUGCCCAGAUACAGGGCGUUUUGUCCGUAGAAACCGAUCCCAGUGAUCUGGCCAGUGUGCGCUCCUUUCAGCAGCAGCAGCAGAUACAACAGAAAGCGGAGCAGCCGCAGUCAGAGGCUGAACAGGUUGAGUUGCCAAAGCGAAAUCUAAAAAGGGAGGCCACCGACAAGGAUCGCGAGGAGAUACACGAGGUGAAACGGGUUAAGUUGGAGGAGGGCCAGCCUAGCGAGACCUCUACAGCUGGGGAAACAGCGAGUGAAACGGAUGCAGAGGGCACAGCCGAAGCCUCCGAGCAGGAGGACAAAACAGAGGCAACCGAUGGCGAUGAAGCUGCCAAAAAGCGCCGUCGCAAGCGCAAGAAGAAGGCGAUCGUGGACAAGCCAAACAUUGAGCCCAGUGCCCUGGAGCUCAAGGUGCUACCCAAGACUAGUUGGAGCAGUAUGCGCAAUAAGUACUUGAAUCUACAGCGUCGCAUCGUCAGUGAGGCAAAGAGCAAGCUGUGGCGAGAAAAUCACCCACAAAAUCAGCAGCACCCUCACCACCAGCAGACCAGUCAUCCAAACCAUCCGAAACCUUCACAGCUGCCCGAGGCAGUUAAAGAGGAGGAAACCGGAGGCGAGGUCCCUAGCGAUGGCGGUGAAGGUGCCGUAGAAGCAGCGCCUGUGCCAGCCAAGCGUCGCAAGGCGGUGCACAAGAUGAACAUGAAUUUCUACGGCGCCGGCGGCGUGGAAUCCACCAAAUCCGAAGAACCUUCGCAGGAACGCACGCCGCUCUUUAAAUACGAGCCCGGGCUGAUUGUGGAGUGCUCCCUGCUAAAACCAUGCACCAAUGUUAAAGAAUUUAAGGCUGAAAUGCGCCAAUAUCCGGAUAUUAAAUAUGUGGAUAUUAAGGAGGGCGACCAAGUGGCCCUACUACGUUUGGGCACGCCUGCCGCAGCCGAGGAACUGCUACGCCAGGUCAACUGCUCCGAGAGGCAGCUGAAAGUGCUCUCUGGCCAGCAGGAGACGCUCUAUUGGCGAAAAAUCGAGCAGGAUCGCGAGGCGAAACUCUCGAAAAAGGUGCGCGUGCAGCAAAAACGCGGUCGCGAGAAAGUGGGCAAAAUGCUGGGCAAGCACAUUAAGUUUGAUGAUGGCGAUGAUGAAGUGCAGGCGGCCGCCAUGGACUGAGUCACUUUCAGUUGAGGGGUGAGUUUGGAUUUCAUUUCAGGAAACUCUAUAAUAUAAGCUAUAUAAAUUUAUAAAUGUAAGCAAAAGAUACAUUUAGAUCUAGCACAAGAUUUCGUAAUAUUAGAGUAAUAUUGUAAAAACAAAUUGAAUUUUUAAAAAAGAAACUUCCUAGUGAAAUUGAAAUAAAUCUUCUGAAUGAAAC